AUGGCCAGCGAAGAGCGAGCCUACGGCGUGACGCCGCCCAUCUCCACGGCUCUACCGACCGACGCAGAGAACCAGGCGAAGGAGGCUCUCAUCGCAGAGCUUCGCAGGCAGAACACCUACGAGAGCCCUGCAGAGACUGCAAAGAGGCAAGAGACACAACAACACCCGCGCUACGGCGUUAUCCACCAGCUCCAGCUGAUCUGCGACGAAUUCGUGAGACGAGUGGCGCAGAAAAACAAAGAAGGCGAUAUCAUCAUUAGAGACGCGAGGGGCCAAAUCCUGACCUACGGUAGCUUUCGUCUUGGUGUUUUCGGACCCGGUUCCGACAUUGAUACCCUCGUCGUCGCCCCCAAGUAUGUCACCCGGAAAGACUACUUCGAUAUCUUCCCCGAUUUGCUGAAGGAGAUGGCUCCGCCCGGCGCCAUUACGGACAUGGCCGUCGUGACGGAUGCCUUCGUACCCAUCAUCAAGUUCGAGUUUCUGGGCAUUAGCAUCGACCUUAUCUUCUCCCGCAUCGCUAUGCUCAAGCAGUUGCCCAAAGACUUUUCUGUGCGGGACUCCAGCCUGCUUCGAGGUCUGGACGAGGCAGAGCUCCGAUCUUUGAAUGGCACUCGGGUAACCGACGAGAUCUUGAGCUUAGUGCCCGAGGAGGCCACCUUCAAACUGGCUUUGCGCGCCAUCAAGCUUUGGGCACAGCGGCGCGCAAUUUAUGCCAACAUCAUGGGCUUCCCUGGUGGUGUAGCGUGGGCAAUGCUGGUUGCGCGUGUCUGUCAGCUGUACCCAAAGGCUGCCAGUUCCGUCAUCGUGAAUAAGUUUUUCCACAUCAUGCGCCGCUGGCCGUGGCCACAACCAGUCCUCCUCAAGCACGUCGAGGGCGGCCCUUUGCAGGUUCGCGUGUGGAAUCCCAAGCUCUACAAGGGAGACCAAUUCCAUCUGAUGCCUAUCAUCACGCCCGCCUACCCUUCCAUGUGCGCUACUUACAACAUCACGCGCUCGGCCAUGACUGUCAUUGGGAAGGAGCUUGCACGAGGCUGCGACAUCACGGACAACAUUAUGAUCGGCAAGAGCCCCUGGAGCGAUCUGUUUGUCAAGCAUACGUUCUUCACUGAGGGAUACAAAUACUACAUUUCAGUCAUCACUGCAAGCACCGACAAGGAGGCGCACAAAGUCUGGUCCGGUUACGUGGAGUCCAAGGUGCGCGUCUUGGUCCAGAACCUGGAGCAGCAUCUGUCAAUAGCAUUGGCCCAUGCGUUCAACAAGGGCUACGAUCGCCGGCACAGGUGUUCCAACGACGAAGACGUGCAACGAGUUCAAGCUGGUAGUCUCGACUUCUUGGUCAGGGAUGGCGAUGAGCCAGUUGUGGAUAUCCCGAGAAAUGCGAAAGAGAAGACGCCAGUGGAAGAAGAGAAGGUGGAAACAAAGGUCAACUUGAACGGCAUCCCUGGACUCAAGGCGGAGCCGGGUACCGAAACAGGGCUCGACGCCAUUCCGGGACUUCAGAAAGAAGACAACGCGGUGAAAUCCAUCAAGGAUGAGGAUGUGUCCAAGGUCAAACUGGGGGAUCAUGAGCAGCAUCACUCCCAUACGGAAGUGUUCACGACAACGCAUUACAUUGGGCUGCAGCUUAGCGAAGGUGUGUACUGCUCUCGUCAGGAUUACUUCAAAGUCCCCGAUUGGAUGAAUGGCCACGGCGUAAUCGAUACUGACUUAUCAGGCGCCAAAUCCCUCGAUCUAUCCUACCAAGUGGACACCUUCAAGUCGUUGUGUACAGCAUGGGACAAAUACAAACCGGAACUGAACUCGUUAACAGUUCAGCACGUGCGAAGUUUCAACUUACCCGACGACGUUUUCGAGCCGGGCGAGAGGAAGCCCCAAAAGCCCCAGAGAAGGCAAGCAGCUACGAACGGUGCUGCACCGAUCAAGAAACGCAGUGCUUCAGAGGAGAAUCAACAACCGCCUGCCAAGCGUCAACAAGCCUCCGUCACAGCUGCUAGUUGA